UACAUUGUUAUUAAUUAUUAAAAAAUAAUUUUAUGCGUAUACUUAGGAUAGGACUACAAGUUUUCACAGAGGAUCUUACUUGACUGUGACCAAGGAAGGAAUUAUAAAUUAUUGGUCAUUAGAUUUAAAAUACGAACGUAGUGCAAAAUCUGUAAAUCCAUCUUUGAAAGUUCAACAAACUUUAAUAACUGAUAUGAUAGUAAUGCCUGAUAUACAAGUAGUAUGCACGAGUUCUACCGAAUACGAUUUAAGAUUUUACGAUACAGAGGCAAAAAAGUUUGAUCUUCGAAUAAUGAUAACAGGCUUGGAAAAUGCAGUUAUUUGUAUGGCUUAUUACUUCAGUAAAAAUAUCAAAGAGGAAUCGCAUUUUGUAUUUGGAGAUAUGAGUGGAUCUGUUAAAAUCAUAAUUUUUAAUCCAUUAGACAAAGGACCGUUUAAACAUGAUCCUCAACGUGAUACGUUAUUCAUUCGUUACGAUUCUAUUCUUAAGGCAAAUAAUAUAUUAUUUUAGAAUUU